CAUUAAAAAAUUGAAAGUCUUCCAGAAGCAGCAAGCACUUGCAAGAAAAUCAAUCCCAGAAAAGCUUGAAGAUAAGGAAUAAUGAAUUUGUAAUGCUCCUGGCAUCCAAAAUCUUCAUUCUUAGAAACGAGAAACAUUUGAAGAGUUAUGAGAGUUGUUCGACAAACAAAGUUGUUCGAUCUCCUUAUAUUAUUAUCCUGCUUUUGUCUAGAGUUUGGCACUGCCAUAGACACCAUCACUACGACCAAGUUCAUCAAUGAUCCUGAAACCCUAAUCUCCAACAGUGGUGAAUUCAAAUUGGGAUUUUUUAGCCCUACAAACUCUACCUAUCGCUAUGUUGGGAUAUGGUAUGCUAAAGUUUCUGCGUGCAGCGUCAUAUGGGUUGCUAAUAGAAACAAGCCCCUCAAGAGUUUGUCGGGAACUUUGACUAUAUCUGAAGAUGGCAAUCUAGUAGUAUUAGAUGAACAAAAGAAGAUUAUUUGGUCAUCGAAUAUAACAGGUUCUGUUUUCAAUUCAAGUGCUCAACUUUUAGAUUCUGGUAACCUUGUCUUGCAGGAAAACAAAACCGAGACAAUCAUAUGGGAAAGUUUCCAACAUCCUACAGAUACACUUGUGCCAAAGAUGAAGCUUAGUACUAAUGUAAGAACAAGUAAGAAAGUGCAGGUAACCUCUUGGAACAACCAAUCUGAUCCAUCCAUAGGAACCUUCUCUGUUGGUAUUGACGUUUUUAACCUUCCUGAGUUAUCCAUUUGGAAUGGCAGUAGCCGAUAUUGGCGUAGUGGUCCAUGGAAUAGUCGGGUCUUUAUUGGAAUACCGUCCAUGAAUUCUGUAUUUCUUGAUGGAUUUAGUCUUAUAGAUGAUCAAGAAGGAACAUUCUAUUUUAGUUUUGCCUUUUCGAAUGAGUCUAUAUUAUCAAAUUUUGUCUUGAAUGCGCAAGGAAAUAUAGUGCAUAACUCUUUAAAUAACGGGGACAAUUGGGAGGUCGGGUGGUUAGCUUUGGAGACCGAGUGCGAUGUUUAUGGAAAGUGCGGGGCAUUUGGAAUCUGUAACUCAAAUAGUUUACCUAUUUGCAAUUGCUUAGUGGGGUUUGAGCCGAAGAUUAUAGAAGAAUGGAAUAGAGGAAACUGGAGUAGUGGAUGUGUGAGAAGCACACCCUUGCAGUGUGAGAGAGUGACCACUGGUGGUGAAGAAGGCAAGAAGGAUGGGUUUUUGAAAUUGAAGAUGAUGAAAGUGCCAGACUUGGCAUAUUGGUCAUCUGCUUUUGAAGAUAAAUGUCGAGACCAAUGUUUAGAGAAUUGUUCUUGUAUAGCUUAUGCGUAUGAUGCUGGCACUGGUUGUAUGUCAUGGACUAGAGACUUAAUUGACUUGCAGAAAUUCUCCAAUGGUGGAGUUGAUCUUCAUGUUCGUGUGGAGAAUUCAGAACUUGAUAGAAAAGGGGGUUCUGUGAAAGUAGUAAUAACAAUUACAACAAUCAUUGGAACAUUAUUCCUUGCCUUCUGCACUUUCUCAUUAUGGCGCUGUAUGGCUAAACGAAAAGCAAGAAAAAGGAUAGCAUUUGCAACAUUUCCUGGUGAAAGCAAGCCUGAGCAGGAUAGCAUGACGAACCAAGUUAAACUCCAAGAGCUACCUAUAUUUAGUUUUGAGGAGCUAGCAAGUGCAACAAAAAGUUUUCAUCAAUCUAACAAGCUUGGACAGGGUGGAUUUGGUCCCGUAUACAGGGGAAAAUUGUUACAUGGACAAGAAAUUGCAGUAAAAAGACUUUCAAGAGCCUCUGGACAAGGGCUAGAAGAAUUUAUGAAUGAAGUGGUGGUAAUUUCUAAACUUCAACACCGAAAUCUCGUUAGACUCCUUGGUGGGUGCGUUGAAGGGGAAGAAAAGAUGUUGAUCUAUGAAUAUAUGCCAAACAAGAGCUUGGAUAUAUUUCUUUUUGAUCCAAGCAAACAAGAACCACUAGAUUGGAGACAACGCUUCCAAAUUAUCGAAGGUAUUGGUCGAGGUCUACUCUACCUCCAUAGGGAUUCGAGAUUAAGGAUAAUUCAUAGGGAUCUAAAGGCAAGUAACAUAUUGUUGGAUGAAGAUCUAAAUCCAAAGAUAUCAGAUUUUGGUAUGGCUCGAAUAUUUGGAGGCAAUGAAGACCAAGCCAAUACUAAUAGGGUUGUCGGAACAUAUGGCUAUAUGUCUCCUGAAUAUGCAAUGGAAGGAAGAUUUUCAGAAAAAUCAGAUAUCUUCAGCUUUGGUGUGCUAUUACUGGAGAUAGUGAGCGGAAGAAGAAACACUAGUUUUUAUCAUGAUGAGCAGGCCAUGAGCCUCUUAGAAUUUGUAUGGAAAAUGUGGAACGCCAACAAAAUUGCAGCCUUGGUAGACCCCAAGAUAUCUGAGCCAUGCUUUGAAGUGGAGAUCUUGAGAUGCAUACAUGUUGGACUAUUGUGUGUUCAAGAUUUUGCUAAAGAUAGGCCAACUGUAUCUAUUGCAAUUUCCAUGCUUAAAAGUGAGAUUGUUAAUCUGCCUCGUCCAAAGCAACCUGCAUUCACUGCAACGCAGAUUGCCACAGAGACAACCACCUCUCAAUGCAACAGAAGUGGCUGCUCUAUUAACAAUGUGACUGUUACAAUGGUUCAAGGUCGGUAGGUAACAAUGUGACUGUUACAAUGGUUCGAGU